UCACACGGCAGUUGUGCUUUCAAACUACACGGGAGAACGAUACAAUUUUUUGCAAUAGUUCGAAAUAUUCACCACAUUCGACUGUGUGACAAGUUUUUUAUACAAAAUAAGUUUGCUGUUGUAGCGACUGGUAGGCCAUUAUUUAUACAAAGGUAAAUUUUUGUCAAAUCGUUCACGCACGUUGGAAACGUAAAAUUUCGUCGCGAAUGUUUAGAAGAAAAUGACAAUUUGUUUUUCUUAACGUUCUUCUUGUUUGUUUUUUUUUUUUUUUUGCUUUCUACGGUUAGAUUACCUUAGCCAAUGUAAAAGUAGCAUAAGUCGAUUUUUAGUCGAACUUUGAUCGGACUGUUAUUUUGUUGGAAUUGACCAAUCACAUCGGUCGAUUAACUUGAUUCAUGUUUUGUGAUGGACUGAUCGUUGUGUUAGUUUGAUCAAAGAGUUGAUUACAACAAACGACUUGGAUCAAUCUCUCGAUAUUGGGGACACAAGAUAAAAAGGAUUAGGAUAGUUUUAUAGGUUAUAUCAGCGAGGCCAAUCAACGUGUCGCUCUUUCGAAUUCUUCGAAAUGGAGAAACGUUGAGUUUCUCGCGAGCGUUAUCAUAACUAAUAUAUCAUAUCAUCUACAAAUAGUUUGGUCAUACAUUAUUUUGUACGCGCAGUAUGUGGACUUUUGUCGAAGAUAUUUUUUAUUAUCUUUUUUCCGAUUGCGUUACAUCGACACGUUGGCACAAGUAAAACAAUCUGCGUUGCUUUUCAGUAGUGAUUCAGCCAGCUGACAUGAUACCACGAGUGUGCAAGAGACAACUUGGUCAUAUCAUGAAAAACGCAACGAUGGUAGUAGGAAAGAACUAUGCAACGGCGCAAAUAGCACCGCUCCAGCAAGCUGCAUUGAAGGAACGUUGUAUACUUCUGGACAAGCUGGACAGAUCUAUUGGCGAGGCUACUAAGGAAGUAUGUCACGAGAUCAAUGCACAAGGAACCGUACCUCUCCACAGAGCAUUCAGUGUCUUUCUAUUCAAUGACAAAAGAGAAUUGUUGCUCCAGAAACGGUCUAGCAGCAAGAUAACAUUCCCGAACUGUUACACAAACACCUGCUGCAGUCAUCCGUUGGCAGAGAUUCCUCAGGAGACCGAAGAGAAAGAUGCCAUGGGUGUACGCAGAGCUGCAAUAAGACGGCUCAAUUACGAAUUGGGCAUACCUACCGAUGAGAUCAAACCUUUCGAAUUGUUUUAUUUAACGAGAAUCUAUUACGAAGCAGUUAGCAACGAUCGUUGGGGCGAACACGAAAUCGAUUACGUCCUGUUUCUCCAAAAGAAAAAUAUCACUAUCGAUCCGAAUCCUGAUGAAAUCAGCGAGGUUCGAUGGGUGUCUAGAUCUGAAAUAGAUAACUUUGUGAAGACUGUAUCGCCCCUGACGCCAUGGUUCCGCUUGAUAUAUCAGUACAAAUUGCUGGACUGGUGGGACAAUAUACACGACUUGAGCAAGAUGCAAGAUCUGGAUAACAUAAUUGAGUUGUCAGUUUAAUACAUGCGGAUAUGCUGGUUUUAUUCUCAAAGCGAAACUUUGUGUACUCGCACGUUUUUCACGUACGGGGAAGAUAUGUUGGGUACACAUGAAUCGGUUUGUAUCUCUCUCUCUCUGUAUUUUUUUUUUUUUUUUGGAUUAUUUUGUAUAUGUAUAUUUCUGUAAAUUUCGCAAUUGAGAAGUUUUGUGAGAAUGAACAAAUUUUUUUUUUCAUAGAAAAAAAUGAACAUGUACAACUUGUAUUUAAAUUUAUAAUCGUCUUUCAAGUUUU